CUGAUUUUGGUCUGAAACUGUAACUGAAAUUUGCACUCUUUUGGAGUCUCUGCUUUCUUGGUGCAUGUAACCGGCGAGUUUUAUCUGUUUUACAGAAAGUGUUUUAAGCAAUUCUGCCUUGUUUUGGGUACAGUAUAUUUUAAGGCAUUUAAGGGUUAAAAGAAAGCAUUAUUUAUUUAACCACUCUGUAAAGUGAUUGUGCAGAAAACAGUAACAAAUAGAAUACUGUACUUUGCUGUUCCCGUUUCUUUCUAAAAUUGCUUGUUCCAGUCUAUUAAAUUCCACUCCAACUUUUAUAUCACCCUGAGAAUUAGUUCGAGUCAAAUGGGGCGGAUCCAGCUCCUUAUUUUCCAAAAUCUUCUCUGGUUCUUCUUCUUUAAGGUGCUGUUUGCUCCAGAGAAGAGUGUGGAAAGGAGUUCCGAGUUCUGCUCAAAGUUUAUUUAUUUUUUUUCCUUAGCCGUCAGCUGGCAGAGCAAGCCUUUAUUCUGGAAAAGUUUGGAACUGAAAGGUACUGGCAGCUAUGGUCCACCUCAGUGUCACUCCUGAAGUCUCCCUUGCUGACUCGCCAGUGAAGAUUUAUGCCUCUGGUCUGGCGCCUGCCCAGCUUGUGACCCUACAUGCAUCACUGACAGAUGAAAGGGGAGUGAAGUAUACAGCCAGAGCCUUUUACCAAGCCAAUCAGAAUGGAGAAGUAGAUGUGGCAGAGGCCUCUGCUCUGGGAGGCAACUAUACAGGUGUGUGGUCCAUGGGCCUCUUCUACACUCUAAAGGCUGAGAAGAUGUUCCACAGGCUGCUCAAACGUGAUGUGACAGGCAGCCCCUUCUAUGUUCAGAUUAGUCUCUUUAAUUCUACUGUGAUUGUGCCCUUGCCCACGCAUGAACCACUGGCUACUUCCACUGUGGAACGAUGGUACGCAGCCCCCGGAGUGGAACGCAUCCCAAUUAAGUCUGGCCGGGUCCGGGGAGCCCUCUUCUUGCCUCCAGGCUCUGGGCCAUUUCCAGGACUGAUUGACCUAUUUGGUGGAGCUGGAGGACUAAUCGAAUUUCGAGCUGGCUUAUUGGCUAGUAAAGGCUUUGCAGUUCUGGCUUUGGCUUUCUUUGCAUAUGAUGAUUUACCACAGACUCUGGAAGUAGUAGAUCUGGAGUAUUUUGAGGAAGCAUGCAGACUGCUCUUGAAAAAUCCUAAGGUAAGAGGUCCAGGACUUGGAAUUAUUGGUUUAUCCAAAGGAGCAGAAAUUGCAUUGGCCAUGAGUACCUUCUUAAAGGAAGUAGUGGCUUCAGUGUGCAUCAAUGGUCCAACAAUAUUGAGUACACCACUUCAUUUUCAUGAUGUCAGUAUCCCUGGAGCUUCCUACUCAAGUGAGAAGAUUCUCAUUAAUGAAAUGGGAUUGGCAACCAUUUUCGAUUGCGUGGAACAUCCUCUGGAUGAAAAAUAUGAAGUGUCUACCAUUCCUGUGGAAAAGGCCCAAGGGCACAUCCUCUUUGUGGUGGGGGAAGCUGACCAAAGCUUCAAUAGCAGGGCGUUUGCUGAAGCAGCCCUGGCUCGAGCGAAGAAACAUGGGAAAAAUCAUUGUAGUCUGUUGUUUUAUCCAGGGGCUGGACAUCUGAUAGAACCCCCUGGAUCUCCAGUUUGCUUUGCCUACCCACUUCGGUUUUCUCCCUUGCCAAUCCAAUGGGGAGGGGAAGUGAAGCCUCAUGCUAAAGCCCAGGAGCACUCCUGGAAUGAGAUCCUGAAUUUUUUUAAGUUUCAUCUUGGGCCACUUCAGAAUAGCAGUUUAUGAUAAAAGAAAGGCCAGAUUGUUUAGCUUCCUUUAGAAUUAUGGAGUUGGAUGGAGCCACUGAAUUCCAAUCUUCUACCCUGCGCAGAGGUUAAAGUUAAGACAACUCCUUUAGAUGAAGGGGAGUCCUCUAGCUCUUCCACUGAUUAGAUCCAUUGUUGAACUGCUGCUUGGUGUUAGUAAAUUUUUCAGAACAUUCAAACAGAGUCUGCCUCACUGUUUAGAUGUCCCACAGUCUGAGAAGAAAACAGAUGUUAGCAUUCUCUGUGGGCUUCUUAAUGAAUGCUACUAUAUUCUUCCUUCCGUUCUUUGUUUUUCAUAAAGCUACACGCAUCAAGAUUCUUCAUUCUGCCUUCAGAGAACUUACUUGCCAUUCUCUGAAACUACAACAGUUUCUGUGAAUUCUUAAAGGAUGAAACAUCUCCUCCUGAGAUUUGGAAUUUAUAUUUCUUCUGGUGCAAAGGAAAUUACAUUUGCCCUUUCUUUUUCUAUAAUCACAGUGCGAUGUCAUAGUUUUCAAUCAACAACUAUUCUAAGCUGUUUUUUGUUUGUUUUUUGAGAUACUAGUGUCAAAUCGAAUAUCUUUGAUCCCAUAAGUAUGCAUCUGAAUUCUGCUUUCUAAAUGCUUAAUUUCACUUUCGGUUCUCUUAAUUAUUUUUUACCACCAGUUUAUUUACCUAUCUAGAUAAUUCAGGAUUUUAUUUCUAUUCAGCUCUCAAGCAAUUUUAUGUCAUCUGAAAAUUUGGCAGUAAUCAUAACCAAAAAAAAGACCAUUCACAGGGUUUACUGAUCCAUAGUUUGUUUGAUCCAUAGUUUGUUGGAUAAGCCAUUGCUGCCUGAUUAACAUAAAAUGCCAAUCACCCAUAGAAUACAAAACGUCAUGCUUUUUUGGUUCACAAACCAUCAUACACAUAAUGUGAUUUGCUUGGAUUUGUCUUAAUGUGAUGUGGGAACUCAUUGCCAGCCCCAAGGAACCAAGAAGGACACAAGGAACUACUUCAGAGUAUUUAGAGUGUUCCACUAUCUGGUCAGAACCAGUGAUGGGAUUCAGCCAGUUCGCAACACUUCGGCAGAACCGUUAGCUAAUUUUUUGUUGCCCAGACCCAGAAUGGACUUCCGGAAGUGGCACCCACACAGAGAACUGGUUGUUCACGUAUUUGAAUCCCACCACUGGUCAGAACCUAUCCUUCCAUCCCAUCCCACCUCCACCCCCUGCCAUCACAAUUGAUGACAUUUCUUGGAUGAGAAACAAAACGUUUUGGUCAUUCUUCCUCAAGGAAAAAACAGUCCAACUGCUUUUUGAAAAAGCACCUUUGAGAUAACUAUGACCUGGAUGAUUGAGAAUCUCUACAGGCAUUGAGCUAUUUCGGAGUGCUUUCUUUACUAUUGUUCACUGUUGUUUCUGUCAAUAGACAGACAUCUUUCCAGACUACAGCACUUCUCUGUGUGACUAUUAGAUUUAUCCUGUGUGAAUUACUAGGGAGAGUCUGCCUUUGCCCUUUUCCUACAUACUAAAGAUUCAGACAUGUUGUCUCUUUGCUCUCUCCUGGGAUUCUGGACUACAUUCUACCAUCCUCAGACUAGAUGAGAAUAUCCUUAUGACAUUUUGUGGAUUCUGUAAAGUACAUAUCAGAAAUAUAACUUUGUAGUAAAGGGCAGGUUUCUAUUUGUCGUGUGCUUCCAUAAGAUUGAUUGGUAUUUCAAUCAACUAUAAAGUGCUCAACUAUAAAAUGAA